AUUUUAAGGAUGAAAUAUACUAUGUCUCUAGCUUUUGUUUUCUUCUACCCUGUCAGGGUUCCUUCCCCACUCUGAACUCUAGGGUACAGAUGAGGGGCCCCGCAUGAAAGACCCCCUAAGCUUAUUCUUACCAGCUUAGGUUAAAAACUUCCCCAAGCUACAAACUUUGCCUUGUCCUUGAACAAUAUGCUGCCACCACCAAGCAUUUUAAACAAAGAACAGGAAAAGAGACCGCUUGGAAACGCCUUCCCCCAAAAUAUCCCCCCAAACCUUACACACACCCUUUUCUGGGAAGGCUUGAGAAUAAUAUCCUAACCAAUUUGUUACAAAAUCAUCAAAGACCCAAACUCCUGGAUCUUGGAACAAUGGAAAAAUCACUCAGGUUCUUAAAAGAAGAAUUUUAUUUAAAAAAAAAAAAGAAAGGUAAAAAUCAUCUCUGUAAAAUCAGGAUGGGAAAUACUUUACAGGGUAUUCAGAUUCAAAACACAGAGGAUCCCUCUCUGGGCAAAACCUUAAAGUUACAGAAAACAGGAAUAAACCUCCCUCUUAACACAGGGAAAAUUCACAUAAAACAAAAGAUAAACUAAUCUGCCUUGCCUGGCUUACCUAUACUGGUUGCAAUAUUGGAGACUUGGAUUAGGAUGGGUUGGAGAAGAUGGAUUUCUGUCUGACCUCUCUCAGUCCCAAGAGAGAACAACCACAUAAACGAAGAGCACAAAACAAAAGCCUUCCUUCCCCCAAGAUUUGAAAGUAUCUUGUCCCCUUAUUGGUCCUUUGGGUCAGGUGCCAACCAGGUUAGCUGAGCUUCUUAACCCUUUACAGGUAACAGGAUGUUGCCUCUGGCCAGGAGGGAUUUUAUAACACUGUCUAUAGAAAGGUGAUUACUCUUCUCUUUGUAUUUAUGACAUACCCCUUCCUGGCUUCACUUCUCUUUUCCUUUCUUCUCUUUUAUAAUUGAUUAUUUCUAGUGUUGUCUUUCAGUGUCUGUAUUCUUUUUUCAUUUUCUCCCCUCAGUACCCUUAUAUCUCUCUCUCUCUUUCUUACAUUUUAUCUGCCACCUCUAUAUUCUCUGUAUCUCCUUACUUCUCCCCACCAAAAAAAUCUCUCUCAAUACCAUGCUGCUUUUCUAAUUUAUCCCAUCAGUUUCUUCCUCUCUCUCUCCCACCCAACCCAAGUAUAUGAAAUAACUGUUUGUACGUUGGACUAUUUCAAAGGUGACCAAAGUUAGACUUGCAAACCAAAUGUGAGACCCCUCUCCUCUCCUCUCCUCUCCUCUCCUCUCCAGUAGAGGUCCCCAUAGUGAUCAUUUUGAUGUAAGCAGCUGCUGUGACCUGUAGGAACCAUAUAAAGAGUGGCUAUAAUCAUUUCCCUUUUCUGAAAACUAGGCAUGACUUGGCAAGCUGUUCACAUGGACAAACUUUUCAUGCUCCCAACUAAAUUCGCUAAGUAUUUUUCUGAACCCAAAAAUAUGCAGUAACCAAUGAUACCUUUCCUAAAGGCAGUGUUGCAUUGUUCCUAAUCAGUUUCACACAGAAGAGCAAGAAGGGGCUUGGAGACUGCCACUGGCAUCAAUGCAUGUGAGAGAAUGCCUGGAACACUUGCAAUUUGACAUUUAAGAUUCUAAAAAAUGCAGCUUAAAAAUUCUCUAAUUAUAUAUUUUACAAGAAUAUUUGGCAGUAUGUUGAAGGACCGUAAUUCCUCUAAAACAUGGAGGAGCAAACAAAAAAUAAUAUAAAAAAUCCUUUUGAAAUGAGAUCGGAUGCAGCCCCCCAAAAAUUCUUAUUUACUGAAAGUGAUCAAGAACUCAGUAGUGGAAAUGAUUGGGGAAUUUGAGUUUUGAGGGAAUGUGAUGAAAUUGCUGAUCUGAGGUCUCAAAUGUGUGCAGAAAAUGCAUGACCAAUUGUAAAUUAACCAAUGGAGGGUGAAUGAAGGAGAUGGGACAACAACAACUUCAACUUAUGCAUGCAUUUACCCAUUUUUGGCAUGCAGUUUAGGCCCAUAUUUUUGAAAAUGCACCCCAAAAGUGUUUGUAGUUUGUCUUGCUCUCUGUUCUAGGCAUAUUUUUUAAAAAAAAAUUAAAGUUCACCCACUGGCAUUCCUUGACGUGAGGGAUAUCUUUGCAGAAUGGAAAUGUAUUGUCGGGAGCUGACAGAGAGAUUUGAGGAUGUUUGGAUAGUUUCUGGACCUUUGACCUUGCCUCAGACAGGGGAUGAUGGAAAGAAAAGAGUUAUCUAUCAGGUAAUCGGCAAGGGCGAUGUGGCUGUGCCAUCACAUCUCUACAAGGUGAUUCUCGCCAGGCGAAGCAGAAUAUCCUCAGAGCCCCUGGUGCUGGGAGCCUUUGUGGUGCCCAACGAUCCCAUAGGCUUCAAUCACCAACUACCUGAAUUUCAAGUGCAUAUUGAAGACCUGGAGAAAAUGUCAGGAUUGGUUUUCUUCCCACAAGUGGACAAAACCAAAGAUGUUAAAAAUAUCUGUGAUGUAGACACCUGUAAACUGAUGGGGUUUGAUGAGUUUACGUUGUACAUCACCACCCGGAAAGUUCACAGUGCCAGAACACUGCACAGGCUGGAAAAGGUCAUGUCAGAGUUAAGGGAAAUGGGAAUUGAGCCUGACGAAUAUCUUGUGAAGCUUUACAAGAAGAAGGAGGCGGAGCUAGUGCAGCAAAAGCAAAUGGAAGCUAGAGAAGGGAGAGCUGGUUGAGUACAUGGUUCAGAAAAUACAUUUGGAAUGUUAUACUCUCAGAAAGGAGGCACAUGCACACACUCAAUUUGGAUUUCAUGAUUUGGCCAUUUUAAAAAAAAAAUGUGGAAACAAUUAGAAGUUGAAGUUCAGGGUAAUGUUCAGUCUCUUGUAACAUGUAUGUAUGAUUUGCUACAGUACUGUGUGGGAAAGGAAAAUGACCCUUUCCUGGCAUGACUGGAUUAUGGGGCUUUUGAAAAAGGCUUUGUACUAUUUUCUAAACGAGACAUCAGAAUUGGGGUUUGUAUGGAAUCCCUUCCAGGAAUAUUAUAAAAAUAGACAGUGGACACCUUGGGAGUAUAACUGGAACCUGUCUAAAUGUAACUGACCCUACAGAUGUAUUUUAAUACUAAGACGUAGAAUUAGUGGUGUUACUGAGAGUUGGGGGGGGGGGUUUGUUUUGUUUUUUUCAUGAAAAAUGCUGACAUGAAAUUUUUCUUUUACUUGGUGUUUUUUUUUUUAAAUCCAGUAACAUUUAUAAACCACUGUCUAGUCCGUGGCAAAUCUCUCAUUGACUUCAGUGAGGUCAGAAUUUCUCCCAUUCAUUUUAAUAAGUAUAACAAAAUGCAUAGUCCAUCACAUCACAAGCUACCGCACCUUACCUCUCCAGGUCCAAGAGGCAGCAGAGUGCAUGGCCUGGAAUCCCCUUAGGGGAUUUGGCAAACUCACAGCUCAACAGGAUCUUGGAGACACAGUGUAUCCCCAUGAUUCCGUUGGCAAGGGGAUGGGGUAGACAGACUGACCUGAGCUGUGGUCAUCGGGGUUUAGGACGGGUCUUACCAUCAAAACAUAGCCGUCGGAAGGGCAGAAGCCUCGCAGCUGUGUGUGUAAAGGAGGGUUCUUUUUGGAGGAAGCAGUUUGCUCCGCCCAUCAGGAUAGGCUACUCUCUCAUGUUUGUUUCAGCAUAAAUGUAAAUCUGCACUUACCCUAUCUAUUGGGUAAUAGGGAAGCACAUACUAGUAGAGGGAGGGGUCUGCUAUUUUUGUGGAUCCAGGCUUCUAUUAGUUAUUAUCCACCCUUGCCUGGCAGGUGUGUGAAGUGGAAGUAGGAAUUCAGGGACAGACUGUGGUUUAAUUUCAUUCCUAACAAGGAGGCCUAUAAAAUCCAUAAACCAUCCCCUCUGGUCUAGUAAAGUCAUAUGCUGUGUCAGCCUCAUGAGCAGCAAGUUCAAAGGCAGCAGGUAUCCCCUUCAGCGUCUAGAGCUGCCAUACCACCUAAAACCACACUGUGCAGAGAACCCUGUAAAUUGUGACUCUGUUGCCAGUAUAAAAUUAUACCAGCAACAGGAGCAUAGCUGUAGCACAUACUUUCUUACGGGAGCAAGCUGCACAGAGCAUCCACUCUAUUUCAGCUCCUACUCCAGGUCUUACAUACCCCCUUGACUUCCUGCAGGGUCUGCUUAGCAUGAUUUUCAUGUCAAAGGGCUCACCAUGUGGAAUCUGAUCCCUCUAGGAUUUUCAGUCACUGCUCCUGGAUUCCCCUCUGAAGCAUGCAGGAGUGGGGACCAUAAGGCCCAGGGUAAAUAGCUAGUUCUGGCCUAGCAAAAACACAUCCCUAUCUGGUACAAACCAAAGAAUACAAUCAUGUGCAUUUACUUUGCUUGUUUCACAAAUUGAGGUAAUAACUCUAGCUACUGUAACAAAGCUUAUUUAUAGUCCCUUACGGUCAUGGGGAUUUCCAAGUGAAACAGAAAACACAGCACAAAUAAUGACAUCUCUUGGCUUGUUUAUUUCUAAAAUGAAAUUACUACCUGAUAUGCUCUGAGCUAUGUACAGCAGAGUUAGUGGCUAUCAGUAGUUGUGUCAAAAUUCCUCAUGAUCAGACUGUUAAAUGCUAAUGCCUUAACUAGAGUUUCUGUACAAUCCACGUUAGUUUUCCAUCCCUAGCAAUCAUCCAGGUCUAUCAAAAUGCCCAGUUUUUGUUGGAGAGGUUAUAAAAUGGCUAAUUGUGAUAGAAACCAGUGGUGAAAAGUGCUAGCAGUGGUUUGCUUUGGGUCUCCCAGUGUUUUGGCCUCUAAGGCUAAAGUAAGAGAGUUGUAGGGUGGUGACAUCUAUACCAUUUACAAUCUGAUACAAUCAUUUCCUGAUAUUUUCUUGAACUGCUGCUCUACAGCAUUCUCACAGACCUUGAUUCAGAGCGUGCGAGUUGGUAAAAAAUGUGUUUUCAUUUGCUAAUAUGCAGAGACUAAUAAAAGGAGAAACUGUU